CCAUUUCAGUCUAAGAGGAGCACAAACAUAUUCCAAUCUCUACUUUUUCUCUAAAAAAAACUUUCUCCUCCUCUUCUCUUCCUAAAUCUCAUAUCUUGAGUAUAUAUUAGUUCUGUGAUAUUUCGGAUUCUGCUCAGCAUAAAUGUUCUGUCCUGUUCGUUAUUUUGCUCCUGGGUGCUAUCUUUUAUGUGGGAGCCAGUACCUCUCCAAUUAUAGUGUUUGUCAUCUCUGUUUGCAUUCUCAGCUUCCUUGUUUCCAUUUAUCUUACAAAGUGGGUGCUCGCAAAAGAUGAGGGACCUCCUGAAAUGGUUCAGAUAGCAGAUGCUAUACGAGAUGGAGCUGAAGGAUUUUUCAAGACCCAGUAUGGUAGUGUAUCGAUGGCCAUAUUGCUUGCUGUUGUUAUUCUAUGCAUAUAUUUGUUUGGUGGCAGUACAACUCCUCAACAGGAAUCUUCUGGCCUGGGGAGGUCAACUUCUGCAUACAUCAUUGUAGCUUCUUUCCUUUUAGGUGCUCUUUGUUCGGGUAUUGCUGGAUAUGCAGGGAUGUGGGUGUCAGUUCGUGCCAAUGUCAGAGUUUCUAGUGCUGCAAGAGAAGCAUUGCAGGUAGCUACUCGUGCAGGUGGUUUAUCUGCCCUCAUUGUUGUCGGUAUGGCUGCAAUUGGUAUAGCAGUCCUUUAUGCCACAUUUUAUGUUUGGUUAGGAGUGGACUCACCUGGUUCAAUGAAGGUUACUGAUUUACCUCUACUUCUAGUUGGAUAUGGAUUUGGUGCCUCUGUUGCUCUAUUUGCUCAGUUAGGUGGUGGAAUAUACACGAAAGCAGCUGAUGUUGGAGUAGACCUAGUUGGAAAAGUAGAACAGGGAAUACCUGAAGAUGACCCUAGAAAUCCUGCUGUUAUUAUUACUGAUCUGGACGAAGUGGAAGCUGAUGUGAGGAGGUUGAGGCUAGAGUUAAAGCAAACAAUGGAAAUGUACAGUAAUGCAUGCAAAGAGGCCCUAACAGCGAAGCAUAUGCUAAGUGCAUACGGUAAUGAUGUUAUUUAGAUCAGGGGAGGGUGGAGUGAAAAGGAAAUAGAGAGAAGAACAUUAGUUAAAUAAGAAAUUACGCCUUUCUGUAUCAUCUUUUCGAUUUCACAACCUCAUGUCUCAAGGUUAUGAAAAACACCCAAACUUGGUUUGGUUUUAAAUAUGUAAUUUAAGUAAAGAAUGUUAACUUAUCAUUAAAAAACUAAGGUACACAACUCAAUUUAAUCCUUCUCUCUCUUUUUUCCUAUUUUUGUCAUAAUUCCUGUUUUGAACUUACCUUCUUUUUUCUGAUGGUUUAUAAAUUCUUUAGAGUAAGUUGUUAUUUCUUUAAUUUUUAUUACUUUUUAUUUUAUUAUUUUGGUUGAUUUAGUGAUAUUUCAUUAUGUUCCAGAAGCCUUGGGUGGAUUUUCAAGUCCUUUUUACUUAUGGAUGCUCAGGUUUUUAGAGAUAGAGUUUUGAAAUGAACGAGAUAGGUUUUUAUUUUUCUUUUGAAUGAUGUUUGUAUAUUAAUGCUUGACAGUUUGUCUUUCUUGUGUAGUUUAUAUUUCAUAAAUGAGCAGAAGACAUUUCCAGCUCAAGAGACAAUCUGAGGAAGUGUUUAUUGCAGAUUAUAUUUCGAUAUAUAUUUUCUUAUAUAAAACUUUCUUUUGUAAACUCUUUGCUGGAUAUAUAUGUGUGUAAA